ACCAAUGGUUGCAUGCCACUUUAUCGACUGUGCCGUCGGGCAACAGAUUGCUAUGCCUUGUUCAAAACAACUGGGAACUGGGAAAUCUCCAACUUCCGAAUUCAAUGCAUUUAAGUCAACUGGGAACUCUGAAAAAAAGAGCUCAGACUGAGAAAAAUAGCUUUGAAUGGUUUUCCAACUCGGAAUUCCAAGUCGGGAACGGGGCCUCUUUCUCAAGCUCAAACUUUCCGACCUGAAUGUCGCUGACGUCAAGAUUUGACCUUGUUUUUUAGUUUUGUUCCCAGUUCCCAGUAGCUGAUACAUAAACUAUCCAGGCAUUGUAAAAUCUGGAAUGCGUUAGGAAUUUCCAGUUAUGUCCGCGUGUCUGGACGUCUCUGCGGAGAAGAUGGCGGAAGUGGAUGCUAAAUUCGAAUCAAGCAGCGCGUCGAGCAAAGUAGGCGAAGACAAAUGUUCUGAAUGGACAACAGUAGUAUCGAAAACUGAAACAAAAAGGAAAUUGUCUCAAAAUGGAGUGGAUGAUAAUGAAUCCCUUCUUGCUGAGAUGCGUUUGUUAAGUAAGGAUGCAUAUGUGGGAGAGGUGUUGAAAAUUAUGAAGUAUGUGCUUGUAAAAGUGGAGUCUGUCAGAGUGAUCUUAUUUUGAUGAAUUGUAUUUCUAAAGAACAGAGGAAGAUUGCAGUGGGCCAACAUAAAUGUUGUGUUUCGAACUUUGGAGAAGACCACCCGUCAAAGGAGUCCCUUAGGCGUGACAGAUAUUCCGGUUGAAUACCUGAAGAGAAUUCCAGGUGUAGUUGGUGCCCAGCGUCUGAUUCGCUGGGUGAAUGGAGAAGAAGAAGAAAGUCUGUGGGCUCUGUUGUUUUUGAUAAAGAGCAAAUAUCUACGCAUGUGUAGCUUGGUUAUGUAAGAUACGCUGUAAGAGCACUUCUACCCUCAAACCACAAGACUAGUGAACACCUAAUCAAAUGGCUACCCAGACUAUUUGCACCCCCCCCCUUACACUGCUGCUACUCUCUGUUGUUAUCAUCUAUGCAUAGUCACUUUAACUCUACCUACAUGUACAUAUUACCUCAACUAACCAGCGCAUGUGACUAAUAAAAUUCGAUUUUGAAGUGUACGAAUUGUAAAUUAUUUGGCCAUGUUUCAAGUGUGUGCAGAUGGACAGAGUAUACUGAAGAACGAUGUGUAGAAGGACGACGUGGUUGCAAUUGUGGGAAUCAUGAUCCUGAGUUCCUGGAGUGCCCUGUAAGAGUGAAGGAGAUUGAGGUGGCAAAAGUUAGGGCGGUCAAUUGAAUCUCCUGUGGAGGCAAUUAAAAGAACAGAGAAAACAAGUGAUGCUAGUGAAGAUAUGGUAGUGGAUGCACCACAGCCUGUAGUAAAUGUUUGCUUCCAGACUAAAUUUCACAGGUGUGUUAAAAGGUGGAUUUUGUUUGCCUUCAUUGUUAUAGUUCUAAACGGUACAACACAAGUCUCAAAGAAGUCUAAGAAACUGGACAUUUGGAGACUUUUUAAGGAUUUUACAUCUGAAUACUUGCAAAGGGUACUGGCGACAGAAGACCCGCCCUCUCAGGUUCCCUUUUGGUCUAUGUCGCGAUCAGAUCGGUUUUUAUUUUUUAACUUAAUCAAACGUCGUUUGAUUUAUUUUUUGGUAGGUUUAUUUUGUUUAGUUUUGUGGGACUCCUGUUUCCAUCCCGCACAGUAGGUGGCGGGGUGUACAUUAAAUUGUGUGAUCGCAAUAUACCAUAGAAUAAGUUCUGGCAUGCGUUAGCAUUGGGAAGUCAGAUAAAGCGUUUUUAUCAAAAGCUAUUACUUUCACAUGUAAAAACACGGAAUUCUAGUUAUUAGUACACGUUAUUAAUCUAUGUCGCUUUUGUUUUGAGCCGAUUUCGCCGUCGUCCAGAACGGGGCACUCUGCUCCAAAUUGAAUGCGAUCAACGUAAACCCGGUUCACCGGGGGCAUUAAUCGAAUCCCCUCAAUGGAGGGGUGCGCGGUCGCACUGAUGAAAACCGAGCCGCGGCUCUUAUGCACAGUUCAUUAUCUAGCUUCACACGGGUCUCAUUAUCUGUUUCGAUUGUAGGCUAUGUGCUGCCGGUGAGAAAAUAAUCUAUAUUUUCUAUUAAGUUGCCUUCUGUAUUUAAUGAUAUAUUUUCAGCUACAUACGCAGGUUGUUUUCAGUUUACAUUCACUGUCAGAGCAUGGAACCUUUGCGGAAAGAGGCGAAGGAUAAUCCAUCGGCUACAGCUAAUCUUCUUUCCAAGAUUUUCUUCUGCUGGCUGAAUCCUUUAUUCCGUAUCGGCUAUAAUCGGAGGCUAGAGGAACAUGACAUGUACAAAGUUCUCCCAGAGGAUGGAUCUGAGAGACUAGGAGAAGAUUUACAGUGGUACUGGGAUCAAGAAGUACAGUGGGCUGCUAAGGACCUGCGCACACCCAGACUAACCAGAGUCCUCAUUGCGUGCUAUUGGAGGUCCUAUUCUGUCAUAGGAAUAUUUACUCUCAUUGAGGAAAUUAUCAAAGUGAUUCAGCCAGUACUUCUUGGGAAGCUCAUCCGGUAUUUUGAGAGCUAUGACCCUGACAACAUGGAUGCUCUGUAUGAGGCCUGUGGCUAUGCUGCAGGCGUCUCCCUGUCCACCCUGGGUCUGGCUGCUCUGCACCACCUCUACUUCUACCACGUGCAGCGAGCCGGGAUGAAGAUCCGGGUGGCCAUGUGUCACAUGAUCUAUCGGAAGGCCCUCUGUCUUAACAGCACAGCGCUGGGAAAAACCACCACUGGACAAAUCGUCAACCUCUUAUCCAACGACGUCAACAAGUUUGAUGAGGUCACUAUCUUUUUGCACUUCCUCUGGGUGGGUCCUCUACAAGCAGCGGCUGUGAUGGUGUUGUUAUGGUAUGAGAUCGGCCCAUCAUGCCUUGCAGGAAUGGCCGUCCUGGUCUUCCUGAUGCCUAUACAGACUCUGUUUGGUCGCCUGUUCUCCUCUUUCAGGGGCACGACCGCAGCCUUGACAGACAACAGAAUACGCACGAUGAACGAAGUGGUCUCUGGGAUCCGGAUCAUCAAGAUGUAUGCCUGGGAGAAGCCUUUUGCAGCUCUCGUAGAUGAAGUCAGAAGGAAGGAGAUCUCCAAGAUCAUGAAGAGCUCUUACCUGAGAGGCCUCAACAUGGCCUCCUUCUUUGUGGCCAGCAAGAUCAUCGUCUUCAUCACCUUCACUGUCUAUGUGUUGAUGGGGAACAGGAUCUCUGCCAGCCGGGUAUUUGUGGCCGUUUCUCUGUACGGGGCUGUGAGACUCACCGUCACCCUCUUCUUCCCCAAUGCCGUAGAGAAGGUCUCUGAGGCUCUCAUCAGCAUCCGCAGGAUCAAGAAUUUUCUUAUGCUGGAGGAAGUUGGUUCGGCGCAGGAUCUUGGACUCCCUGUGGCAGAGAAGAAGGACUGUAUGGUGGAAAUAAAGGAUUUAAUCUGCUUCUGGAACAAGGCACUAGACUCUCCGACGCUGCAGAACCUGUCUUUCACUUUGAGGUCAGAGCAACUCCUGGCUGUCAUUGGACCAGUCGGGGCUGGAAAGUCCUCUCUACUCAGCACCAUCCUGGGGGAGCUGACCCCGGAUAAGGGCGUGGUCAAGUUCAAAGGCGAACUGACCUAUGCAUCCCAGCAGCCCUGGAUUUUCCCAGGGACCAUCAGGAGUAACAUCCUGUUUGGCAAAGCGCUCCACCCGCAGAAGUAUGAGAGGGUCCUCCGAGCCUGCGCCCUCAAGAGAGACAUGGAGCUGCUGCCUGAUGGGGACCUGGAGGUGAUAGGGGACAGAGGAGCCACCCUCAGCGGGGGACAGAAGGCCCGGGUCAGCCUGGCCAGAGCAGUGUACCAGGAUGCUGAUAUCUACCUGCUGGAUGACCCUCUCAGUGCUGUGGAUGCUGAGGUGGGGAAACACCUCUUUGAGCAGUGUAUCUGUGGCCUGUUGCGGAAGAAGCCGCGCAUCCUUGUCACCCACCAGCUGCAGUACCUGAAGGCUGCAGACCAGAUCCUAGUUCUGAAGGAAGGUCACAUGGUGGCGCGGGGUACGUUCACGGAACUCCAGGGCUCUGGAUUAGACUUCACCUCGCUGCUGAAAAAGGAUGAGGAGGACGAGGAGGAGGGGAAGGGGGAGCCUGCCCCAGGCACACUCACCGGCUCCCCACACACCCUAUCCCAGAGCUCUAUGCCCUCCCUCUCCUCCUCCAUGCAUUCUGUGAUGGAGGGAGUGGACCAACCAGAGCCAGUGCAACACGUGUUGGAGGAGAGUCGUUCAGAGGGAACCAUCGGUCUCCAUCUUUAUCUGAAGUACUUCAGAGCAGGUGCUAACGUCCUGGUUCUCCUGGCCCUAGUUUUCCUUAACCUGCUGGCACAUAUCACAUAUAUUCUACAGGAUUGGUGGCUUGCUUACUGGGCCUCUGAACAGGAGCAUCUCAAUGUGACGGAACCCAUCCACAAUGGCAGCAGUGCCACUCAGCAGCUGGACCUUGACCUUUACUUGGGUGUUUACGCAGGUUUAACAGGGGCCACCAUCGUAUUUGGCUUCCUGCGUAGUCUUGUGUUCUUCAACGUCCUGGUGAACUCAGCCCAGACCCUCCACAACCGCAUGUUCACCGCCAUCCUCCGCACCCCUGUCCGCUUCUUCGACAUCAAUCCUAUUGGAAGAAUCCUCAACAGGUUCUCUAAGGACAUUGGUUACCUGGACUCUCUGCUGCCCUGGACCUUUGUGGACUUUAUCCAGGUGUUCCUGCAGAUCCUGGGGGUGAUCAUCGUGGCGGCCGCCGUCAUCCCCUGGAUCCUCAUCCCCGUCGUCCCUCUACUCGUCGUCUUCCUGUUCUUGCGACGCUACUUCCUGCAGACCUCCAGGGACAUCAAGCGCCUGGAGUCCACUACCCGGAGCCCAGUUUUCACCCACCUGUCCUCAUCCCUCCAAGGUCUGUGGACCAUCCGUGCCUUUAAAGCCCAGCAGCGGUUCCAGAAGGCAUUUGACGCACAUCAAGACCUCCACUCCGAGGCCUGGUUCCUAUUCCUGACCACAUCCCGAUGGUUCGCUCUGCGUCUGGAUGGCAUCUGCUCCAUAUUUGUCACCCUCACUACCUUUGGGUGCCUGUUCCUCAGGGAUGACUUGAAGGCAGGUGCUGUGGGCCUGGCUCUGUCCUAUGCAGUAACCCUCGUCGGCAUGUUUCAGUGGGGAGUCAGACAGAGUGCGGAGGUGGAGAACAUGAUGACUUCUGUGGAAAGGGUGGUGGAGUACACAGAACUGGAGAGCGAAGCUCCUUGGGAAACAGACAAACGGCCUCCGCCUGAUUGGCCCAGGCAUGGUUUCAUCACCUUCGACCAGGUCAACUUCUCCUACUAUGCGGACAGUCCUCCGGUCCUAAAGAACAUUACUGCGGUCUUCAGAUCCAGAGAAAAGGUUGGCAUCGUGGGGCGGACUGGCGCUGGUAAAAGCUCCCUGAUCUCUGCUCUGUUCCGCCUGGCUGAACCUGAUGGCAGGAUUUCCAUCGACGGCGUUCUCACCGCCGAGAUCGGCCUGCAUACCCUGCGCCAGAGAAUCUCCAUCAUCCCCCAGGACCCGGUUCUCUUCACGGGCACCAUGAGGAAGAAUCUGGACCCUUUCAGCCAGCACACAGACGAGGACCUGUGGAAUGCACUGGGAGAGGUGCAGCUGAGGACCGUGGUGGAGGAGCUGCCUGGGAGGCUGGAGACCAUGCUGGCUGAGUCGGGCUCCAACUUCAGCGUGGGUCAGAGGCAGCUAGUCUGUCUGGCCAGGGCCAUCCUCAGACGGAACAAAAUCCUCAUCAUCGACGAGGCCACCGCUAACGUGGACCCCAGAACCGACGGCCUUAUCCAGCAGACCAUCCGGGAGAAGUUCAGGGAGUGUACUGUGCUCACCAUCGCCCACCGACUCAACACUAUCAUCGACUGUGACCGGAUCCUGGUGAGGCCUCCCCCCAGUGUUCUAGAUGCUGGGAGGAUCCAGGAAUACGAUGAGCCCUACGUUCUGCUUCAGAACCAGGAAGGAGUGUUCUACCAGAUGGUCCAGCAGACAGGCAAGGCAGAGGCAGCCUCCCUGCUCCAUGCAGCCAAACAGGUUCACAUGAACAAAAGCCAUCCCAAUGUGAUCAACGGACUGACGGACCUGAGCCCGUCCGAGGGGAGCUGUGUCAUCUUUGAGACGGCCCUGUGACACCGUUGUCUGACCUUUUCACCCCUGUAAUGUGGCCCUCUGUGCUGGCCACACCAUGAGGAUGCCUCACACACUGUACCAAAUAUUAUCCAGCUCUUGAUUUCACAAUGCCUUCUUCAACACCGCUGGCAAAGGUGUGGCGAUCAGGCGUUUUGCUUCAGCACUUUUCAAUUAUAUGGGGCAGCGCCCCACUAGUUAUGGUUUGGGUUAAUAUUUUUUUUUAAAUACGCAAAAGUGUUGAAACGGGGACAAAGUAGGCCUACUGUUUUUUUUUGUGUGUUUUUGUUAGACUCACCAGCCUUGCCUCCUAAUCUGUCAAUUCGCACACUAUGUCCUUCUCAUCAGCGUGCUGUGUGGGUGUUGACCUGUCAGAUUCAUGAAAAUCACAGGGCACACGAAUUGGGCAUGACGCACGUCUAUAGACUAGAUAUUAUUUUAGCAAACAGGGUAAGAACUCACUCCUGACAGACCCAAGCAAACCCUCUUUACAGAAACAUUCUAGCAGCCUACACCUAAACAUCAGUGAUCUGACAUGCUGUAUCAGUCUGAGCAACUUUGGGGGUGACGGGAGCUGAACAGGGCGGGACUAAAGUUGGGCAAAUCGCAUCACGACGCAAGAUAAGUUUGGUUGUUUUCAAAUCAAAAUCCCCUGCCUAAUGGAACAGCCAAAGAGAAGGCUCAACUUUCCUAACUGCCAUAAAUUCCAUAUCGUCUGCCUUUCACUUAAACAAUAGGGAUAAACACGAAAUAUUAGUUUUAGGCUUAGCCUACUGGAAUUCCUUACAUUCCUGUUGUUUUCAGUUUUAAAAAAUCACCUGGGGUGACUUUAGAGCAAGCUCAACUUGCCCGACUGCUCAGUUCACUUGCCCCAGGCAAUAGGGCAACCCUUAAGGUCCCUGCUAUAACUAGUUCUGGAGUUGUACCUGGUUACAAUCAGGAGACGAAGAAGAAAUUCCCCAGCACUCUGGGAGCUGCAGUGUCACGUGAUCAGCAUACAUAGGCUAUGGGUCCAUAACUGCCCAGGAGCAAUUGUUUGAAGCAAUGUGUGCCUUUAUUAAAAACAAAUGACUGGUUGUGUUGUAUUGAUUGUUUUGCAAUAUUUGUUUUUGUAUGUAUGUUGCAUGGCACCUGGGGUAGGAUUAUUCACAAUCCUGCAUUUGGUUGCAUGUAAAGAUUUAGGGGUGUGGAGUGUUUACUGGUGUAAAAAAAAACAGUAGUUUAUACUGGUUGGAUACACAUUUUAGGUUAUUCCGAGUAAAACCUACCUAGCUGACAGUGGGUUUGACCAGUAAGUUAAUAGUUUUAAGUCAAAUUUGAUUUUGUACUUAUAGAAAAAAAGAGGAUCCACAUGUCUUAUUGUUUUCAAUAAUCAUUGUGCCUUGAUCAGAAUAUCGAUCCUUUGUAAUUGCACUGUUUUCAUUGAUUUGUCUUUUUAAGACCAGAUUUGGUCUUCUUGCACUCUGAGUAGAAUGACUAUUGCUACCUCUGUUUUUGGAAUAAAGCUGUGGAUGAAAAGCAGGUCAGAAGUAGUUGGAUUGUGUGUUAGCAUGUAUACUAGAUGACCACUCAAAGAGCUUCUGAAAUGAUGCGAAAGGCAUGAAUACUUUUGAAGAGAAUCAUUGUGUGUACUGUCGACAGUUUUUCCCCGAUCUGAUCAUCUGAGCUACGUAUGCUACUUAUGUUGUAUGUAUGCGGUUCUGGAACUAUAACCAUUGAUCCACUGUUUUUAGUUUGUGGGACUACAACCAAUCAGAUGAUUGACUCUUAAACUUGAUCAAUAAAGCUGUGCAAAAAAUCAAGACAUCAUAUGACCGUUAAAGAUGCAAUAUGAAUGUAAUCCUAUGAAUAAAAACUAUUAGUUGAAUACUUAGACAAUGAGUAUUGUCUUAGCUUUUUUUAUGAUCUUGCCAUGAGUCAAUAUACAGAACAAAAAUAUAAACGCAACAUGUACAG